AUGCAGACAAACGAGCUCCAGGAGAUUGCGCGCGUCCUACGCACUGCGCGCGAGAAGCAGACCCCCAUCCAGGCACCCACCAAAACCUGGCCGGCUCUAGACGCCGACAGCGCCUUUGAGGCGCAACGGAUCGGCACGGACGAGGCCGUCAAGCAAGGCGACCGUCUCUACAUCAAGCCCUUCGUGGAACUCGAGCCGGCCUUCGUGCUGCGCGCGUCUCUACGCGGGCCCAAUGUCACCGUGGUAGAUGUGGCCAUCGACUACGCCAUCCCUGCCAUCGAGAUAAUCGACUCGCGCGUACAGAACUGGGCCAUGGACCUGCGCGACACAUGCGGCACGUUGCACUUCAACGGCCGCGAGGUGAUGACGGGAAACACGGCCAACGUGCUGGGAAAUCCACUCUCGGCCGUCGCAUGGCUGGUCAACCGAUUGGCCGCCUACGAUAUCGAAUUCUAA